AUGAGUGAUGAGUUUCCUGUGCCUAAACCCAUACAGAGAGUAGAGGGGAAUGUGUUACCUGAGGAGGAAUACUUGAGAAGAUUGGAAAUCAUAAUCAAGAGAGACUACUAUCCUGAAUUGUAUAAACUAGACAAAAUGAGAAACGAGGAUGGAAACCCAGAUGAAAAUAUGUCAUUGAGCAAAUUUCUCAGUACCUACACUUCUGAUGAAAAUGUCACCUUAAAUCAAAUUAUCAAGAAGGGUGAUGAUUAAUGGUACUAAAAACAUGCAUGGAUGUUUUAAGUGGAAGAAUAACACAGACUUAAAUAAGCAGCACUUCAAUCUGAUAAAUUAUAGCACAUGAUUGAAGGCAACAGAGAAAACAACCUCCAAUUAAAUGAAUACAAGGCUUUGAAUCCUUUGUAUUUUAGAAUGGACCCCAGAAAUGAAAGACUACAACCAGCAAUCUAAGAACUCAAAGAAACUGACAACUCUUUGAAUUUGCAAAAAGUCGAAAUUCAAAAUACGAGAUUUUCUGAUCAUCAUAUACCCUUAGACUUUGCAAUCGAUCAAAUAGACUAAAAGCUUCAAAAGAGAAAACUUCAAGAAUGCUUAAAUGCAUAGGGUGUUAAUGUAUUCUAUGGAAGCACUCCAAAUUUGGUUGGAGCCCAAAGAUUUGAAGAUGAUGACAUGCUUGGUCUCUUCUCGCCUGCUCCUCAAAACAUGAAAACUCCCUUGAUGACUUGGGGAGAAUUAGGUGAAACUCCUGUAUAACUGGAUAGAUCAUACAUGAUUCCUCCAAGUUCUUAAAGAGAUAAGGUAGGGUAGAAUCUAACAUAAUAAUUAAAUGUCAAGAAGAGGAAUGAAUAGAAGCAAUAAUAAGAAUUGCUAAAAAGAAGAUUGAGUUCCAUAACGCCUUAUAGAGUGGGCAGCUCAAUUUCCUCUAGAGUUAGUUCAGAAAUGAUCAAGAACUUCCUUGAUAGGAGAGGUUCUACCAACCAUUUCACUCCCUUGGGUCCGAAGAGCAAGAACAUUAAAAAACCAUAAUGAAAUAUUAAUAUGAUUUAUCUUUGAUAACUAUAAUUCAAUUUGAAAUGUAA